ACAGUGAGUCGGUAGCAUUUUACCAUCGUGAGCCGCAGCCUAGCAUUAGGAGGUUGAACUAAUGAACUUCUAUGAUGCUCAGGUGUUCCGUCUGAUCUGAAGUCAGCUUAGGCAGAACGGAGCUCGUAUGGCAACACCAACAUGAUGACUUUUAAGGUUAAAACGUCGAUUCCUGCAGCUAGGACACUGCUAUCAGAGGGAAGCUCGAAUUACAGCCACCGCGGCCCGGAUGUGCCUGAAUAUCCGACCUACAGGGACUUCGGGAUGGGUGCAGGUAGAAGACAAGCAGCUAUUAGACAUAACAUUCAUCUGAGAAGAAAAUAUCCUGUGAUUCAACCCCUGAGCAAGUCACGGGAUGGGAAAGCCAUGUUGAGCAGUGUCAUAGUCGAAGGGUCUCCACAUUUAGCCAAAGAUGACAAACUAGAGCCAGAGAACAGCGACCCAGAGAAGGACGUCUGUGGGAGGCAUUUUCUUUUUGAUAAAAAAUGUGAGAGAUUAGAGAGGACUAGAACUGUGAUUCCUCCGCUGCCAAGAGACUAUAAUGUGCACAGACCUGGCAACCUGCAUCCUUUCAGUCUCUCCAAGGAGCUUUCCCACAGCCAUGCAGUGCGGCCCUUCACCCUAGGCUACCCUGAGAGAUAUGAACUGGCUACAAGUCCAGCCAUCCUCUUACCCUCUACUUUAGUCCUCAAUGGCAGAAACACCUUCUCAGUUGAGAACUGCAAGAUCAGCAGGCCUAAGGUGACCUACCCAACCUACAGCCUCCAGAUUGUUAAAGACAAUCAAAAGAUUCAGUCUUAUCAAGACCCAAUGGUCGGAGCCUCCCGUUCAUUUAUCCACAGGAUAUCUGAGCUGUCGUCUUUGGAGGGGGAGACAGUCAGACAAGAAAAGCUCAAGAAAAUGAGGAAACCUAAAAAACCUCCCUCCUGACAAUCACCGCAUUCCCCAUCACAGCACUCCAGGGUCAAAACUUCUAGCUCUGUGCCAAGGCUGUCUGAACAAAGUCAAACACUAUGGGUACCAUGUUCAUUUCAGUGGCUCGUUUUAACUGCUUGUUUGUCGACAGUGAUAUUAGUUUGCUGUUUAACAUGGCUGAUCUUCACAUUUUCUUGAGCUGUACUCUCCUGCGGUGGUGGUUUGACAUUACAAACAGGUCUCCUGUGUUAAAUUAUGACAUUUGCCAGAACAGUGUAUGCAGAUGAUGAGUAAUUUGUAGUUCCUAGACUCCCAGUUAACAUCUGCAUGAAAAUAUUAUAAUUUUGUUUUCCUAAUAACUUGAAAUGGCUUGUAUGUAAUACUGCCAUAAUUCUUGAUGUAUCACCAAUAUGUUACAGAUGCUGUUAGUUAUUGCAGCCCUUGUGUAGCUCUUAUUACAACAGCGUUUCAAACAUUGCAGUUAUCUCCCAAUUAAAAUUUACUGAAACCUUCUGCUGCAUAAAUUAAAAUAUCAGUACCAAAUACCAGUCUGGCAUAUAUGGUAUAUAUAUUAAUUUGUUUAGCAUAGCCAUUAUUGUGCCUUGUUAAAGGUCUUCCUGAAAGUAAAUAAAUUUAUUUUUAUUA